CUGAUUCUGCUACGGGCUCCGUCUGCUUCUGAGCCCCAGAGCAGCCCCCGCCCCAGUGUUACUCGGCGCCGCCCCGGGGGUUGGCGAGUCCGGCGGUGCAGAGAGCCGUUCUGUGACUGUUAGCCCUGCGAAGUCCACCUGGGCCACGAGAGGCAAGCGUGGGGUUCCUUCUCCUGCAUCAUCGCCAGGGAUAGUGCUGGAUUCUCCCGGACGUGCAACCUCAUCUCCUUCCUUGCCUUUGCACAUCUGUAAAGGGUGGACCCUCCCUCCAAUUAUUCCUUAAGCGGUGCUGUUAACGACGCAGGGGACCAGCUGUGCCCUCCUUUAUUUUGGUCUUCAUGAAUAAAAACAUUGCCGAAAUACAGAAAGAUGUGGAAUAUAGGUUGCCAUUCACCAUAAACAACGUGACAAUUAAUAUUAACGUCUUGCUUCCUCCUCAGUUUCCUCAGGAAAAACCGGUGAUCAGUGUUUUCCCACCAAUAAGACAUCACUUAAUGGACAAACAAGGAGUGUAUGUGGCAUGUCCAUUAAUAAGCAAUUUCACAAUGCACUCUGACCUUGGAAAAAUUAUUCAGAGCUUACUGGAUGAGUUUUGGAAGAAUCCCCCAGUUUUGGUUCCUAGCUCAACAUCAUUUCCAUAUCUUUACAGUAAACCAGCUGGAAUGCCUCCUUAUACUCCUCAGGGUUUUCCGUUUCUUCCUCCAUACCCGCCACAAGAAACAAAUAGAUCUAUAGCUUCUGUGCCAGUUGCUGAAUCAGGUUACACUACAGACAAACCCGCUGCUCCGUCCUAUGGCUUGAUCACAGACCUGCCAUUACCUGUUCCAACAACAGAUGCACUAUUACAGGUGGGCCAGAAUGGUUUCACUUACAAGAUGCCUGAUGUUCCUGAUGCAUUUCCAGAGCUCUCAGAAUUAAGUAUACCACAGCUGACAGAUAUGAAUGAGCAAGAGGAUAUUUUGCUGGAACAGUUUGUGAAUCUGCCACAGCUGAAGCAAAUCAUAAUGGAUAAAGAUGACUUAGUGAAAAGCAUUGAAGAGUUAGCAAAAAAAAAUUUACUGUUGGAACCCAGUCUAGAGGCAAAAAGGCAAACAGUGCUGGAUAAAUAUGAACAGCUUACUCAGAUGAAAACCACCAUUGAAAAGAAGAUGCAAAGGCAGCAUGAGCUUAGUGAGAGUUGCAGUCCCAGUGCUUUGCAGGCCAGACUGAAAGUAGCUGCUCAUGAAGCCGAAGAGGAGUCUGACACUAUUGCAGAAGAUUUCUUGGAAGGAAAAAUGGAAAUAGAUGACUUUCUUAGUAGCUUCAUGGAAAAGAGAACAAUUUGCCACUGUAGAAGAGCCAAAGAGGAGAAACUUCAACAGGCAAUAACAAUGCACAGCCAAUUUCAUGCUCCACUAUAGACUUUCCUGCAAACUAGACCUGCCAAGAGAAGAGUGAACAAACCCAAUAAAGCACAUUUUCUAACACCUAUUUGCAAAUAAGCAUUUAAUCAUAAAUGGUUGUAUUUAUAGAACAGAUUGUAUACAGUGCUGAGACUGUUUUGUACAAAUUAGAACGACUCUUUAUAUUCUCAUUUUAUUCAAGAAAUCCUUCUAUUGCAAUCUUUGCACUAAUAUUUCUUGUAUUUAUUGUUGAUAGUCCUUACCAUAUUUAAGUUCCUGCUGCUAUCCUGCCAUUCUUUAGAGAUUAAAUAUCUAAAUGUGUAACUUUGGCUAGCUUUGUACAUUUUAUAAAACAUAAUCCAUACCUUUUUGUAUUU